ACAAACAUUCUUGCUUCCAUAUAUAUAAUAUUAGUAGGGAUUAUUAAUAUAUCCCACAGGUAUCCCCUAAUUAUUUUUGUCACACAAAUUAAGUCACCUAAUAAUUUUCAAUGUUUCCCGAAAAAGAAACGCCCCGUACGUUCCAAUGAUCAAGGAAGUUCAGCAAAACUGGUUUAUUAUACCAUCAACAGUAUUUUUACGAUCAAUCACUGCAAAACAAAUUAACAGCAUUUACACUUAAUUUGAAUUAUGCAUAGAAUGAUCGCGGACGCCUGGUGGAAAAAUCUUAUCGAAUGUUGAUAAAAAUCGAGUGUUUACUUUUUACCAAGCUGAAACAGAUAUGAUUCAGUUAUCUUUAAUAUCAUCUGAGGAACCACAUGAACUGAAUAGUCGCGAAAUAUGGAUUUUUCUGUUAACAAAGAACAAAGGCUUGAAAAAGCCUUGGCUGGAUAUGGUGUAAAAAAUGAAGAUCUCCAGGACAGCAUCCAAACUAUCAAGUCCUGGUUUACCACGCAGAAGCACCUACCUGAAACUCCAAACGACAAUACCAUAAUGAAUUUCCUAUUCAUGACGAAUUUUAGUAUAGAGAAUACGAAAAAAAGACUGGAUAUGUAUUAUACAAUCAGAAAUUUGAUACCCGAGAUGUUUAAAGAUAAGAAUCCAAAGCUCCCACACAUGAAACGGGUAGCAGAAACUGUAUACUGCAUUCCUCUACCAAAGGUAACUGAAGAGGGUUACAGAAUAACUGUAUUAAGAAAUAACGAUCUAGCACCGGAAGAAUUUGAUCCAUAUAACAUCAUAGGACACAUAAACAAUGUUUUGGAAAUACGGAUGCACGAAGAUGUCACUAUGGGUGACAUUCACAUAUACGAUUUUAGUAAUGCCAAGAUGGGACACGUCGUUAAAUUGACACCCAUUUUUCUAAAAAAGUGUGCAGUAGCGUUUGAGGAAGUAUUCAGCAACAAAAUCAAACAAAUGCAUUACAUAAAUGUCCCAUCAUUUGCGGAAAGUAUCAUCAGUUUAGCAAAAUCGUUUCUCAAGCCAAAACUUCAAGAAAGGAUACACAUUCACAGUUCAACUGAUGGCCUCAAGAAAUAUAUACCACUGGAGAUUUUGCCGAAGGAUUUGGGAGGAGAGGAGCUUUCAUGCAAGGAACUCAAUAGUAUGGUUUUAAAGAAACUGGAGGAGUACCAGGACAGGUUUGAUACCAUCGAUCAGCUCAAAGUAGAUGAAAAAUUGCGCCCUACCCCGCUUGUGAAUGACGAAGUGCUGGGAUUCCACGGGAACUUCAGAAAAUUGAAUGUUGACUGAGAGUGUGGAUCAAAGUACUGAAUGUUUGACAUGAUUUAUUUUUUAUUUCUAUUCGUUUUUAAUACAAAAUACUAUUGUUAAUA